AUGAUCGCAAAAACCCCAGUUGAGAUAUUAGACCCAGAGGUUGCUGCUCUGGCAGCUAAGUACGAUGUAUACGAAGUGCACAAGGCACUCGCGGCCAGGGACGUGGCAAAUGCAUAUCCUCUUGCGAAGUACCCGGAGUACCUCCCAUCCACUGAGCAUGGUAGCAAUCCUGGCUACCAUGGCGAGUUCGACCAUAUUGAACCAGGUACACGCGCCGAUCCUGCCAUGCCGAACUUGAAAGGGCUUCCAGGAUAUACCGAAGAUUGUAUCAGGUACAUUACUCCUCGCCUGGGCAGCAUCAUCAAAGGAGUACAGCUCAGUAAACUCACUGCUGCUGGACUGGAUGAGCUCGCUCUCCUGGCGACUCAGCGUGGCGUGCUUGCCUUCCACGACCAAGACCUGAAAGAUCAGGGCAUCGAAAAAUUCAAAGAGUUUGGCAAUCACUUUGGCCCUUUACAUCGCCAUCCCACGCAGAGCUUGGUCAUGGCUCCAAGAACACGUAGGCUCCGAUCGGUCACAAGCCAUGAAAGAAAGGAAGCCCAUUCACUCACUGAAUGCAGAUACGUCCAAUGGCACACCGAUCAGUGCCACGAACCUCAGCCGCCCGCUGUAUCCAUGCUUGUUGCACUGGAGGUUCCGGCUACAGGCGGUGGUGACACAUUGUUCUGCUCUGCCACCAGGGCUUACGAUACCCUCUCCCCAGCCAUGCAGAAAUUCGUAUGCACCUUGUGGUCGGAAAAUUCUUCGAAGCUCAUUUCGGAUUCAUCGGCGAAGAUAGGUGGUCCAGUUCGACGUGCACCGGUCCCGAUCGCUCACCCAGUCGUCCGUGUGCACCCAACAACUGGGCAAAGAUCUCUGUUCCACAACCCGCAUUUCAGCACUGACCGCAUCCACAAUCUAAAGGAGCAGGAGAACAUCGCCAUUGGCAACUUCCUCAGGAACCACAUCGAAAACAGCCAGGAUUUCCAAUGUCGUGUCAGAUGGGCAGAAGGUGCAGUCGUUGUGUACGACCAACGUGUCGUCUUCCACAGUGCUACACACGACUACGAGCCAGGCGAUCGCCGCCAUCUCCUGCGCAUAACGUGA